CGCCGAACCCAACGUUCCCCAACCCGAUCGCAGCCGCCCCCCGCCGUCUAGGGUUUCGGCCCGCGCCCUCCCUCCCCAUGGCGAAGGUCAGGAGGUCGACGCCCGCCCCCGUGCCCGCGGCCAAGGCCCCGGCAGCGACGGCGAAGGCCGCGAAAGCCAAGAGCUCGGCGUCCGCGGGCGCGACGGAUACGGCCGCGAAGAGCCCCGCGGCGGCGGCGGCGGCGCCGCCAAUUGUGAUCGAAAUCCCGUCGUCCCCCGACCCCUCCGUGGGGGUAGGCUCCAAGGGGAGCAGCGGUUCCAAGAAGAAGGCGCGGAAGAGGCCCGCGCCGCAGCUCGAUCUCGACGACGAGAUCGAAAUGUGGACCCCGCGGCAGAAGAUGCUCCGCGACGAGGACUGCCAGAUCCUCGCCAGAGAUCCGUUCUCGGCCACCAGCGAGGUGGCCUCCUCGCCCGCCACCGCCAAUGACGAAAUCGCGGUCGUCGCCGAGCGGGGCAAGGUGGCGUGCAGAGAUUACCCGCAUCCGAGGUCUGCUUGCGCCAAGAACCCGUUUGGCACUACGCCUCAUGAGCGUCACUGUGACAAGUGUUUCUGCUACGUGUGCGACAUUGCUGCCCCAUGUGUGUCCUGGAAGGGUCACGGAGGGCACUGUCAUGCUUCAGAUAAAGACAAGAAGUGGAAGACUAUGAGAUUGAUCAAGAAAAGGGCGCAAGUUAAGCCUAGUUAAGUCAAUCCUAACUCUAGGUCUGGCAAUCAGUAUUUUGCAAGCGCUUGUCAGCUUGUUCUGAUAGGAGGGUUAUUUUGCAGCAACUUGUACAGAGGGUUAGUACCGGCAAUAGAUCUGUCCCAAUGCUUGGUGCAUCUGUGUGCCGCCUAUCACAAACUGAAUGAUACUCCUAUAUAAGAAGAACAUCUUCGGAGUGUCAUCAGUGUUGUGUUACAUUAAAUUCCAGCAUCUAUGUAUCUCCUGCUCUCUUUGUCCCACAAAGACUGUUUAUUUAAAAAAAUUUAGAUAAGAUAGUACCAAUGCUAGAAGUCUAAAGUACCCCUAAUAACUCUUCUUAAUCGGAUGGAUUAUUGAGUAUAAUUAAUUAUGCAUGCACGCUUGUUGAAUCUAUUAACCUUCCUUAUUUAGCAAGUCUAACUAAAUGAUCGAUUCGUUAACUGGGACAGCAAGUAUUAUGAGGGUAUUUGUUGGAUUGUCAGAAAGUUUUAUGGACACUUCUUUAUGGGAUAAAUUUUGAAGGGCUAAAUGAACGGUCACGAAUUUCAGUUCGUCUACUCCAACCCCUUGGGACCUGCAAAUUCGUCGAGACUUUGCAGUGCCCAUAGUUGUUUUUUGAGUGGCUUGCAUUUAUGAGUACCUUUGCGUCCCUUUGUUUCCCACGCGAGACUCCUCGUUGCCUGGUAUGCCACUUGGAAUUCUGCAACCUGUUUUUAUUGCAGAGAUAAAUCAGUUUCGCUGCCCUCUGCUAUAUAAACGGGCAUGAUAUGUGGUUGUUUUCCCAUCAAAGUGGACACGGGAAAAGGUCUGCCAGGAAAAUAUGGUGAAGAUAGUAGAUGUCGGAGAAGAGCCUGAUGUUAGCCGUGAUGAGGACGACUGCGUCGAGAUAGACCCUGCGGAGUUCGCCAAGAAGCUUAAUCUGAAGGAAACUGAUGAUGUGAUUCUUGUCGCUGCAAAAGGGAAGAUCGUUAAGGUGGAAGUGGAUCAACCGGAGGGCGUUGCAAAAGCGUUGUAUGGCUGUGGCCGUGAGGCCAACCAUAAACAUGAUGCUGCUGGUGAUUGCAUCGACAACCCAUACAAGAUAGAUGAAGUUGGAACGAGUCUCCUUAAGGUCGAGAUUGAUGUGGACAGGUUUGCGCUUGACAAGCCUUCUGCCAAACUCCACGGUGUCGACCACAACGUCGGCCAAUUUUUCCGUGGAGACAAAGAUGACCUCAGCAGCCACACUGUCAAAAUCAUUCCUGGCAAACUGGUGGUGAAGCUCGACAACAUCGGCGCUGAAGUCAUUCCUGACAAGGCGGUGGUAAAGUGCGAACCUGUUGGCGACAAUGGCGUCGAAGCUGAUGAAGAAGGUUCAUAUGACUACUGCCUUGAGAUGACCCCUAAGAUAAGGAUAUUUGACGAGGAAGAUGACGAGGACGUCGUUAUAGUCAGAUAGGUUCCGUCCGUGAGCGUUUGAUCCCUUGCAUGAUUCUACCAACUCAGCACUAUGUAUUCAGUCAGUAUUAACCUUUGUUCCCAGUGUGAAAAACCGACGUGUUAAACUGUCUGAUCUUCUUCGAAUUAAUACCGAAGCAAGAGAUUAUAAUUUGUUAUUGUUUCAUCUUCUAUGAUUUGAUUGCAAAUACACGGCAUAAUUAAAUCUUAA